AUGACGACUGCAGGUGGCGCCGCGGAAACGUUGACGAGCGCGAGCGAUCUCGCACCGGUCGUCGGAUCGCUGGCGAGCGAAGUAGUACCGGUGGCGUCGCAGAGUUGGCCCACGACGGCGGCGCUCAUGUACGCGAUGGAGUAUUUCCACGUCGCGCACGGGCUUGAGUGGUGGUUGGCCAUCGUUGGGGCGACGGUAUUUAUGAGGACUAUCACGUUUCCGUUGAUCGUGAUGCAAAUGAGGAACACGGCGAAGAUGCAGUUGUGUAAGCCAGAACUUGAGGCACUGCAAGCGAAGAUGAAGUCGAACCCUCAACAAGACCCGGAAUUGGCGAAUGCGUAUUACAAAGAGAUGCAGAAGGUGUGGAAAAAGUACGACGUAAAUCCAGUGAAGAGUUUCGCGCCGAUACUCAUCAACGCGCCGGUGUUUAUCUCUUUUUUCUUUGCCAUUUCUAAAAUGGCUCAAGGUGUUCCAUCUUUUGAAAGCGGCGGACCUUCGAUGUAUCCCGAUCUUUCCAUGGCUGAUCCAACGUACUCGUUACCUAUUCUGUCUUCGCUGACUUUCUUAGCUUCAGUCGAGCUCGGGGCGGUGGAGGGUAUGCAAACCAGUCAGAGCGCUCAGAUGAAAUGGUUUCUUCGCGCGUUAGCCGUGGCCAUGGUUCCGCUCACCGCGAGUUUCCCCCAAGGCGUCUUCGUGUACUGGAUCACGUCCAACAUAUUCUCCGGAUUUCAAACUUCCAUCACGCGCACGAAGGCUUUCAAAUCUACGAUGGGCAUCCCCGACGUCUCCGCCGUCGCCGAGGCGCCCGCCGAAGCCGCGCUCGGUCGCGUCCAACUCGACCGUUUCCAAAAGAAGUACGGCGCCACGCCCACGUUGCACAAGCGUCCACCGACGCAAAAGCAGCGCAAGAAAUAG